AUGAAUACUCCGUGGUUUCUCUCCAUUCCCAUGUUUGUGCUUCUCAUUAGAGACAGCAGAGCCUGGUCUUACAAUGCUUCUACAGAAAGGAUGACUUAUGAGGAGGCCAGGGAGUACUGUCAGCAAAAGUACACCCACCUGGUGACAAUUCAAAAUAAAAAACAGGUCGAAUAUCUCAACUCCGUCAAAUAUCUCAAAUAUCUCAUACUGAGCUACUCCAAGAGCUACUACUGGAUAGGCAUCAGGAAAAUCAAUAACAUGUGGGUCUGGGAUGAAACCCAGAAGCCCCUGACUGAAGAAGACAUGAACUGGGCUCCAGGGGAACCAAACAAUAAGCAAAAUGAUGAGGACUGUGUGGAGAUCUACAUUCAGAGAGAGAAGGAUACAGGCAUGUGGAAUGAUGAGCCGUGCUGCAAAAAGAAGCUUGCCUUUGCUACACAGGCAGGAGUAGUGGAAUGUGAUGCUUUGACUGCACCCACCAAUGGGGUCAUCCGUUCUUUGCAAAGCCCUGAAAGAUUUCUGUGGAACACAACUUGUGCAUUUGAGUGCAAGGAAGGAUUUGAACUAGUGGGAAUUGUGAAUGUGCAGUGCACCUCCUCCGGGAUCUGGGACAACGAGAAGCCAAUCUGUAAAGCUGUGACAUGCGAUGCCAUCCAAUGGCUGCAGAAUGGCUCUGUGAGCUACAGCCACUCUUCUGCUGGAAAGUUUGCCUUCGGGUCAUCCUGCAGCUUCACCUGUGAGGAGGGCUUCAUGUUGAAGGGACCAGCCCAGAUUGAAUGCGCUGCACAAGGGCAGUGGACACAGCCAGCGCCAGCAUGUGAAGUUAAAGCAUUUAUUCCUUACAGUAACAUAAAGACUAGUUUCUCUGCCCUAACUGAAGAGCCUUUGGUGUUAGUGUUUAGACAUCUCUAUGUGUAUGCAAAAUUAUUCUUCAUCGAUGAGCUGUUUUGCUGCCAGUACUACCUACAGAAGAUUCUGAUAGCAUUCACCAUUGCUUAUACUUGCAGGGGCCUGGUGUAUCCUGGGAACUAA